AUGUCUUAUAAAAAUAAAAAAAAGCCUGUUGUAAAACGUCCUGCAACCAGGAGUAUAAGCGCUAUGCCUCAAGUUGAUUUCGAUAAUAAUAGUAUUGAUGAGAUCCCUUCAAUUGCAAAUACAACUUCUCCAGAGAUAUCGUCAAACAUGAUCACUGCAGGUUAUAAAAAGAAUCCUGUUGUAAAACGUCUCACAACCAGGAGUAUGAGUACUAUGUCUCAAGUUGGUUUUGACGAUGAUGAGUCCUCUUUGACUACAAAUAUAGAUUCUCCAGAAAUAUCAUCAAACAUGGUCACUGAAUAUGCAGGUUUAGAGAGAGCAAAAAAGGAUCUAGAUGAACUUAAUAAUGAUAUUUUAAGUACUAGAUCUUUUACCUUAUCAAAUAAACGUAUAAAGCUGGGUGAAGAAAAAGAACAAGAAGUCAAUCAAGAAUUAAUCAUCAAAGUUUAUGAUGUUGAAAUCAAUGGUAUUACAAAUGAUACUACAAAACAAUCAAUCUCUUCUACAGAUAAAUAA